AUGGCAUUGUAUGCAACUAUUCUCGGCGACCCAAUGGUUCUGCCACCAGCCCCAGAAACCCAACAACCGCAAGACACAAAACUCAUUGCCCAAAUCGAAAUCGAGUUUGUUAAAUGUGACUGCUGCGGCCUGUCGGAGGAAUGCACCCCGGCCUACAUUCAACAUGUUCGGGAGAGAUAUCAGGGCCAUUGGAUUUGUGGGUUGUGUGCAGAGGCCAUCAAAGAUGAGAUUGUGAGGUCUGAGAGGCUCAUAAGCACAGAAGAAGCCAUGGCUACCCACAUGAACUUCUGCAAGAAGUUUAAGGCCUCAGGGCCCCCUCCAGACCCAACAGUUCACUUGAUAUCUGCCAUGAGGCAGAUUCUUAGGCGCAGUUUGGAUUCUCCAAGGGUUAGGGUUUUGAGAUCAACUCCAACUAGUCCAACAAAGAUCAAUGGCAAGGGGCUUACAAGGUCUGAGAGUUGCUUUCCAACUCUCACUGGUUGA